UUACCAGUGCUUCUGCCGCCAGAGGUCAUCCGCGUGCCACAACCAGCCAGUUUCUCUGAAUGGACGCCAAAGAGCUAUUUGAACGCACCGCAGGCUCCACCCAUGGACGACGCGAAAAGCCAUGAUUUAGAAAUGGCGGCUGCGAGGCAGAUGAUGGAUGGAAAGGCGCUCAAGAAGACGCGACCGCGGCGGACGGUGGACUAUGCUGGGGGCAUGGGCCGUUGGAACCUGUUGCGCAAGAUCCAACCGAGCCCGAGAUAUGUCCCAUAUUUGAGGCCAAGUCCACCUUAUAUAGUCGAUCUCCUUCCUCCCAAGGCGUACCCAGACAACGCCUCCACCUCGCUGUGCACCAAAUUCGUCCACACAUCCACCAACAAAAUCAGAUGCCCCGUCAAUGUCGUAGUGUGGACGCCAGAAGGGAGGCGGAUUCUGACGGGAUCCACGAGCGGCGAGUUCACGCUCUGGAACGGGCUGACGUUCAACUUCGAGACCAUCUUGCAGGCGCACGACAAUGCGAUUCGCGCGAUGCAGUUCACGCACUCUGGCGCAUAUCUGGCGUCCGCAGACCAGAGCGGCAUCAUCAAGUACUUUCAGCCCAACAUGAACAACCUGACUGCGUGGCAGGGCCAUCGCGAGGCCAUCCGCGGUCUCAGCUUCAGCCCGGACGACAACCGUUUCGCGACCGCAAGCGACGAUUCGACGCUCUGCAUCUGGUCGUUUGAGGAAAGCCGGAGAGAGAGAGUUCUCACGGGACACGGGUGGGACGUCAAGUGCGUCGAAUGGCAUCCUACCAAAGGGCUCCUAGUCUCUGGGAGCAAGGAUAACCAGAUCAAAUUCUGGGAUCCGCGAACGGGGACCUCGCUCACCACCUUACACCAACACAAGAACACCAUCCAAGCCCUCGCCUGGUCGCCCAACGGGAACCUCGUCGCCAGCGCGUCCCGAGACCAGACCACCCGCGUGUUCGACAUCCGCGCGAUGAAGGAAUUCUGCAUCCUCCGCGGGCACAAAAAAGAAGUCUGCUCGGUCACAUGGCACCCCGUGCACCCGCUCCUCGUCACGGGCGGCUCCGAAGGCUCGCUGCUGCACUGGGACCUCUCCCUGCCGGACCCCGCGCUCCCACAGACGCUCUCGCAGCCGCGCGCGACGCUCUCACAGGCGCACGACUCGAACGUGUGGGCGCUCGUGUUCCACCCGCUCGGGCACCUCCUCGUGAGCGCCUCCAACGACCACACGACGCGCUUCUGGUCGCGCGAGCGCCCCGGCGACGCGUCCUCCGUGUUUUCGGGCGGCGGGGAGAAGCCGCCCGCCGUCGUCGACACGAGCCAGCAGGACGAGGAGGAGGCGAUGGUGCCCGGGUUCGGCGGCGGCUGGUGGGCGAAGGACGAGGAGCCGCAGGGGUUCGGGCUGGGCCCGCCGGGCGCCGACGGGCCGUACGGGCAGCGCAACGGGUUCGGGCCCGGCGGUGGCGGCGGCGGCGGGGGGCAGAACGGCGGGCAGAACGGCGCAGAGGACGAGUUUGUGCUCCCCGGGCUCGGCGGCGGCGCGGAGGGCGCCGGGACGUUCGCGUUGGGGCGCCAGAGCGGGCCGCUGCCGCCGCAGGAGGACGUGUUUGGGGGGGACGCGCCGACGGGCCACGUUUAUCAUGGUGGCGGGGGUGGGCCCGGAGAGGAGGACUGGCAGCAGCCGCGCCGGGGCGGGGGCAAUCGGGGACAGAGGUGGGGUCCGCGGAGGGGGCGGUAUUGA